UGUCUGUUCCUGUCUGUCUUGUGGUGAAGCUCAUUUCCUGUAGCUUUGCUGCUACUGCUGUCGUCAGACUCUUUCUGUUAAGACUGUUCACUUUUCACAGAUAUGGAUUUAUUGAUUAUAGCGACAACUUCUAAACUUCUACUAUUUUUAUGGCUGAUACGAGGAACGUAUGGAGUGCUUGUACACCAUAAUGUGUCUGCAACAGCUGUGGAAGGACAGAAUGUCAGCCUGCAAUGCAUUGUGGGAGAGGAGCAUGCUAUCACAAUCAUUCAGCUGGAAUGGAGUAAACUGCCAAUUGCAAAUGAGAAGAUCGAGCAGAAGAUUGUUGUGUUUCAUCCACAACUGGAAGCAAAAUACUUUAAAAAUGAUUCUCUUUUGAAAGUGGUGACCAGUCCAAAUACAGGGAAACUGCUGGGCUCCAUCCUGACCCUGUAUAAAGUUACAGUGGAAGACAGUGGAAACUAUGUUUGUGAAAUUACUUCCUUUCCUAAUGGCUCAAUUAAAAAACGUUCAAAGCUUCAAGUCUCAGAGCCUCCAGCAUCAGUGAAGAUGCUGGAUUCAUACAGCUUCUAUAAAGAAGGGGACAAAGUGAAAAUAACAUGUUCAGCAAGUCCUCCACCACUUCAGUAUAAACUGAAACGGUCAAAGGAUGAGCUUUUCUCAAAGACCAGCUUGAAUGGAGAGUUUAUUUUACUAAACGUCAACAGAAAAAACAGUGAUCUGUACAUCUGUUUACCUGAAUGGGACUCACAGGAACGAAAUCGCCAAGGUCUCAAUGCCACUAUGGAACUGACUGUGAAUUAUCUUGAUGGUAUUGAGUGUAACAUGAGCAGCUCUUUAAACAUCAGUGUUGGUGAAGAUGUGGUGAUUUCAUGUAUGGCAAACGCAUCUCAGAUCUUGCUGUAUGAAUGGAUGAUGGGGGGCGAAAGACUGUCUCUCUCGCACACUUUGGCUCUGACUUCUGUGAAGUCUGAACAGUCAGGAACAUACAAACUGACAGCUGCCUUUCAGAACAAGCAGCUCCAGAAAAACAAUGAGGUUUAUAUCCACGUUCUCUCCAAGCAAAGCAAAGUAAUUGCUGUUAAAGAAAUUACAACUUGUCUUCCGCUAAAAACCACCGAACAUCUGAGAAGCUCUACCACCCUGAAGAUGAAAUCCUGGAGCAGCAGCGGUGCUACUGAGAGUGAAACAUCAACCAAAUCUGAUCCCAUCCUCACCAGCACAUCAAAAUCAAAUAUUACUGUAACAAACAUACAACCCCGAAACACCAUCCAUCACGCUGCUCACACUGACAGCUCUCCAGCACCACCUGCUGGCACUGCAUCAACAUUACAUACAAGCGCUGUACUGUCUAUAGACACCACUCAUACAAACAAUACAAGCACAAGUCCAGAUCGAGAGAACAGAAGAAUAACAGUCCCAUCUGUUACGACACAGAAAGGCAGCACCACCACUGUGACAGCGGCCAAAGGCUUGAAAAGCAAAGCAUUUGUGGCUGUCCCGAUUGUGUUAAUGCUACUCGUGCUCCUUGUGCUUCUCUACAGAAGAUACCGGAACCAGAAAAAAAUGGAUAGGCCACCCCCCUUCAAACCUCCCCCACCACCAGUGAAAUACACAUCAGUGAGGAACCAUGAUAUCCGCAUGACUGAUAUUCUUGUCUGAAUGCAUCAUUCACUUUAGUACCCACAGUCCGUGGGCCACAAAAAUACUGACUGAAGGACUUUUCUGUAAAGACUGCAACUCUAUCAUUCAUUACUCACCCUCUUGUUUUUCCAAACCCGUCAGACUUUCAUUCAAAACACAAAUCUUCAAAAGAUAUUUUUAAUGAAACCUGACAGACGUUAGUCUCUCCAUUGAAAGUCCACACAAACCUAAACUGUGAUGCUUCUAAAAGUCUUCUGAAGAGACGAUUGCUUUAUAGGAUGAAUUUGUUUUCAUUUCAGCUUGUAUUCAUCAAGCUAGUAACAUUUCAAUUUAAAUACCAAUUCCCACUAUUAAACAGUUGUUAAGAUUUUGGCUGUUUAUAGUACUUUUAUAGUUUGCUACUAUUCUACAUCCCUAACCCUGCCCAAUAUCUAAAUCCUACUACCUUUCUGAUUAUUAAUAAGCAGGAAACUAAUACUUUAUUGAGCUAAAAAUCAUCUUAAGUAUUGUUUAUAUUGUUUAGUAAUAGCAAGAAUUGUACCUUGAAAUAAAGUUUGACCCAUCAACUCAUAUCAGUUACAGUGCAUUCAGAAAGUAUUCAUAGCGCUUCACUUUUUCCACAUUUUUUAUGGUACAGCCUUAUUUCAAAAUAAAUUAAAUUAAUUUAUUUCCUCAGAAUUCUACACACAAUACCCCAUAAUGGAAAUGUGAAAAAAUAUUUUUUUUUAUAUUGUUGCAAAUUUAUUAAAAAUAAAAAAACAAAAAAUCAUAUGUACAUAAGUACUGACAGUCUUUGCCGUGAAGCUCUAAAUUGAGCUCAGGUACAUUCUGUUUCCACUGAUCAUUCUUGAGAUGUUUCAGAAGCUUAAUUGGAGUUCCCCUGUGGUAACUUCAGUUGAUUGGACUUGAUUUGAAAAGGCAUACACCUGUCUAUAUAAGGUCCCAGGGUUGAUAGUGCAUGUCAAUGCACAAAUCAAGCAUGAAGACAAAGGAACUGUCUGUAGACCUCCGAGACAGGAUUGUCUCAAGGCACAAGGCUGGGGAAGGUUACAGAAAAUGUUCUGCUGCUCUGAAAGUUCCAAUGAGCACAGUGACCUGCAUCAUCCAUGAGUGGAAGAUGUUUGGAAUCACCAGGACUCUUCCUAGAGCUGGCCGGCCAUCUAAGCUGAGUAAUCAGGGGAGAAGGGCCUUAGUCAGCGAGGUGAUCAAUAACAUGAUAGUCACUCUGUCUGAGCUCCAGCGUUCUUCUGUGGAGAGAGGAGAAUGUUACAGAAGGACAACCAUCUGUGCAGCAAUCCACCAAUCAGACCUGUAUGGUAGAGUGGCCAGACGGAAGCAACUCCCCGCCUGGAAUUUGUCAAAAGGCAUCUGAAGGACUAUCAGACCAUAAGAAACUAAAUUCUUUGGUCUGAUUAGACUAAAAAUGAACUCUUUGGAGUGAAUGUCAGGCGUUACAUUUGGAGAAAACCAGGCACCGCUUAUCACCAGGCUAAUACCAUCCUUACAGUGAAGCAUGGUGGUGGCGAUGUACAGAGACAUCCUGAAUGAAAACCUGCUUUAGAGUGCUCUUGACCAGGAAGACGGUUCAUCUUCCAACAGGAAAAUGACCCAAAGCUCACCGCCAGAAUUUCAAUGGAGUGGCUUUACAACAACUUAGUGAAUGUCCUUGACUGGCCCAGCCAGAGCCCAGAUCUAAAUCCUAUUGAACAUUUCUGGAGAGAUCUGAAAAUGGCUGUACACCGUCACUUCCCAUCCUGCAAAGAGGAAUGGGCAAAAAUUCCCAAAGACAGGUGUGCCAAGCUUGUGGCAUCAUAUUCAAAAAGACUUGAGGCUGUAAUUGCUGCCAAAGGUUAAUCAACAAAGUAUUGCGCAAAGCCUGUGAAUACUGUAAUAUUCACAUUGUAAUAUUUUUCACAUUGUCAUUAUGGGGUAUUGUGUGUAGAAUUUUGAGGAAAUAAAUGAAUUUAAUCCAUUUUGGAAUAAGACUGUAACAAAAAAAUGUGGAAAAAGUGAAGCGCUAUGAAUACUUUCCAGAUGCACUGUGUGUGUUGCAUAAAGUUUAUCACUUAUGCAUAAAGGUCACACUUAUCAGGUGUACGUUACGUUAUGUUAAAAAUCAUGUUUCAAAGAUCAACAAUAUUCGGGUGAACUGACAUUUUUUAAUGCUAUAUUUUGUUAUAUUUUUCGGUAAUGUAAGAUUUUUUUAUGUGAAUUUUGUAGCUUUUUCUAAACAGUGUUUAUAUAAAAUUCCUAAAUAUUUGUAUGUUUAUUCUUUGUUUUAA